CGAAAUUUCAUUCUUCACAGAAGGGUAUCCUCUGUUUCUUCUGUUUCGUGAUUCUAAAUUGAGUUUUCACUGUCUUUUGUUCUUCAUCACCAGUCCCUCCCGUCUGGCAUCAUCGAACAUUAUGGCUGAUCAGUUUUUUUUUUUUGGCUCCGUAACAGCAUGCCGAGCCUCUUCAGUUGUUUUGAUCUUCUCAUUAUUCACUGCUACCUUAUGUGGUCGACUUUUCAAUGAUCCCUCAGGUGGGUCAAGUGAAAUUCUUGCAAAGAUGAAUGAUCUGAUGACAAAAUCCUUCCUAAGUUAUACGGAACUGAAGAAGCAGGCAAGGAAGGACAUCGAGUCCGAGAUCUACAGUGACCUGGAAGCUGGACAAAGACAACCAGACUCAGCCGAGGAAGGCAGCCUCUCCCAGUUCUUCCAGGAGGUCUCCAUGAUCAAGCUUGAGAUGGAGGAUAUCUCAAACCUCCUGCUCGACCUCCGUGCCCUGAAUGAGGAGUCGAAAUCAGCCCUCAGUGCCAAAGUGCUCCGCGGUCUGAGGGAUCACAUGAAGUCUGAUUCAAUCUCAGUCCUGCGGAAAGCCGUUUCUGUGAAAACAAGACUGCAUGCGCUGGACAGGUCCAACGCCACCAGCCAGGAAGGAGUUGCGGUUGGCCAGACCAGGGCAUCAGUCACGAAUGGGCUGAGGAUGAAACUGGCUGGGAUGAUGAGGGACUUCCAAGCACUGAGGGAGAAGAUCAACUCGGACAGAAAGGAAGAGCUCAGGAGGAGGUACUUCAAUUCCACAGGAGAAGAACCGAGCAAGGAGAUGAUUGAAAGGAUGAUGGCCUCAGUCUCGGUCUCUUCGUCCUUCUCUAGGCCAGGGGAGAAGAAGAUUGUGUUUCUUGAUGGAAAGGAGAAGGAGAUGAAGGACAAUCACGAGGCAGUGAUGGAGAUACAUAGGAGCCUGGAAAAGCUGCACCAGAUCUUCCUGGACAUGGCAGUGAUCGUUGAGGCGCAGGGCGAGAAGGUUGACAAGAUCGAGGACAACGUGGCAAGUGUGGGUAGGUAUGUAAGCGGCGGGACCGAUAGCCUCUACUAUGCAAAUCAGAUGAAGAAGAAGAACAAGAAUUGGGUUCGUUGGGUGGGGCUUGUUGUACUGAUAAUACUUCUGGUCUGUCUUGUUUCUCUCUUUGCUUCGUGAGAGGAGGAGGAAUGUCUAGUUUUCGAGUUCUCAAAAUACUUGCUGUUCUGUGAUUGGAUUUGCUAAAUGCUGGU